AUAACAGUACACAUACAACAGCAAGAUAACAGAACAAAAUAAAAAAAAAAAAACCCAAAACAUCUGUUAUCUCUCUGUGUGUAGUGUCAGUGUGUGUUUCAUCUCAAAUAAAAUAAUUUUUUCAAGUUCAUUUUACUUAAAAAAUUACAAUUUAAGUUUACUCUUUGCAAACACAAAUAACUAUUGCAUGAUUUAUUAAUAAUUGUGACUUGCAAAAUCAUCAGAAUCGCACAAAACAAAUUGAUGAAUGAGUAACUACUAUAAAUGCUGAAAUUGUUUGCAUUUUUUCUUCUACUACAAUUACCAUUUAAUUUAUCCGAAGAAAUGUCUUCAGACUUGAGUGUUAAAUUCUCCCAAAACAGCGCCCAAUUUUCGGUUCAAUUCUACAAUGAAUUAGCUGCUUUGAAUGAAGGCAAGAAUAUCAUUUUCUCGCCCUUCUCCAUUCAGACAUGUGUUGCUCUAGCUUAUGCCGGUGCUACCGGUGAAACUGCCGAAGAAAUGGCCACUGGUUUAAAGCUAGUUGCCAACGAUCGUGCUCUGGUUGGUGAAUCAUUCAAAGGUGUCCUCGAUUCGUAUGCCAACUCUAAACUUUUGAAAAUCGCCAAUAAACUCUAUGUCCAACAAGGCUAUGAAAUCAAUCCUGAUUUUAAUAAAAUUGCUAUCGAGAGUUUUAGCUCUUCAUCGGAAGCAAUUGACUUUGCUAAAAAUGUCCCAGCAGCGAGUACCAUCAAUAAAUGGGUUGAAGACAAGACCAAUAAUAAAAUUAAGGAUUUAAUUUCCUCAGACAGUUUGAACUCUCUCACUCGAAUGGUGCUAGUAAAUGCAAUCCAUUUCAAAGGUGAAUGGGAGAAGAAAUUCGAAAAAGACCGAACUGCUGAGGAGGAUUUCUUCAUCAACGAAACCGACAGUGUUAAAGUGGAAAUGAUGAAUGGCAAAGCCAAGUAUAAUUAUGGAUAUUUUGAAGAAUUAGAUUGUACUGCAAUUGAAAUGCCCUAUCGGGAUUCGGAUCUUUCAAUGUUGGUGCUGUUGCCAAAUUCACGAACAGGCUUGAAAGAUUUGGAAAGGAAAUUGCAAACAGUUAAUUUGCAUGAUCUCACACAACAGAUGAGCGUAGAAGAGGUUGUUGUUAAAUUCCCCAAAUUUAAGGUGGAAUUUUCGGCAGAGCUGACUAAACCAUUGAAACAGAUGGGAAUCAAAAAAAUGUUUAGUGAUGAUGCAGAAUUCGGAAACCUUUUGACCUCCGACGAAAAGCUCUACGUCUCUAAAGUCAUUCACAAAGCUUUUAUUGAAGUAAAUGAGGAAGGAGCCGAAGCUGCUGCUGCUACUGGUAUUAUGUGUGAUGGUUUUGAUGAACCAUUAGAACCUGAAUUGAUAGCAGACAAGCCAUUUAUAUACAUUUUAACAAAUAGUGCAUUGCGAAUAUUCUUUCUUGGAUCAUUUAUUGGAAAUGAGGGUGCCUAUGUUAAAGCUAUGAAAUCCCGACUUCCUACCAAAAUUAUUUCUACAUGUAUUCAUUAUUGGAAAAGUAUCUUUAAAUGACAUCCAGUCAGAACUUUAAAUUAAUUUCUGAUGGAGGCCUUAAAAAUUAAUCAACAUUAAAUCUUUAAUUCUAUAAAUAUUGGAAUUA